AUGCGCAGCCUGCAGUCGCUCAGCCUCGGGGCUCUGGCCGACCCCUCUGUGCCGCCGGCUGCUGUGCUUGUUCAGCAGCAGCAGCAGCAGCAGCAGCAGCAGCAGCAGCAGCAGCAGCAGCAGCAGCAGCAGCAGCAGCAGCAGCAGCAGCGCGCGGCGCAACGGCCUGACCCGCACAGCCCUCUGGCCGCCGCCCCCAUCCUUCAAAACCGGUUUUCGGGCAAAGUCCCCGCCACCUGGGCCAACCUGACGAGCCUAAUCGACCUCAGCAUCGACGAGGCGAUGACGCCGCUGCCCCAGGCGCUGGCGGACCAGCUGGACGCGAACGGGCGCCUUAACCUCGUGUGA